UCAUAUUCCCACCCACUUCACAGAUUCACACUUACUGAUUCAGAUUCAGCCUCUGCCUCAACCCAUCAUCAUCAUGGUCAUGCCAUUCAACCCUUCUCUUUUCUUUCAUUUUCCUUCUCACGUGCUGCUCUUUUCUUGUGCAAAUUUUCAUUGACACAGAAUGGUCCUCAAUUGCAGAAUGGACUUGAAGAAUCAACCAAUGAUGAAGUGGAUGUUCAUUUGAAUGAAGUAUCUAGCAGACAAACUGAUCCACAAGAAGAUGAUAACAGUACUCCAAACAUAAAUAAAAACCCUGCACCAAAACUGGUGGCCAAUGUAGUUCAUAGAACUAGUGAACACAAGAAUGCUAAAAGAGAUAUUGAUCAUCAAGAAAAAGCUCUCAAGAAGCCAGACAAAGUCCUGCCAUGUCCUCGCUGCAAUAGUUUGGACACAAAGUUUUGCUACUUCAACAAUUACAAUGUUAACCAACCAAGGCAUUUCUGUAAGAAUUGCCAAAGGUAUUGGACAGCUGGGGGGACGAUUCGAAACGUUCCAGUUGGGGCCGGUAAGCGUAAGAACAAGAACUCGGCUUUGCAGCAUUGUCAGAUGACUCCUGAUGCUGAAUCUGUGAUGCAGACAGAUUCAAAACCUGCUACUGCUACUGAUAUGUUUCUUUCAUCUAACACACUUUCUGUGACUUCAAGACCUAUGAAAGGAAUGGAGAACAUCUCAAGUCUUAGGGAGGAAGCUCCUCUUAGUGAAUCCUUAGAAACUCUGUUAAGUCUCAAGGGCCAAACAAAAAUUGAAGUGGCAACUUCUACUCUCAAAGAUGAUGAUGAGGAGGAGGAGCCAUCUAUCUCUUCUAUGAGAUCUUCUGAAAUUGAGCAGGUUGGUUUGACACAACAUUCUAAUGGUUUUAUCCCUUUACAUUCAUUUCAUUAUUAUCCUCUUCCUUCAUGGCCUUACCAUUGGAGUCAAUGUUGGAAUGUCAUGGAGUUUAGGCCAUGUAGCACAAGUUCUAGACCUGCUUACACAGAUUCUCCAACCAUGAUGGCAGUUCCUAGCUUCUCCAUGCCAUCAGUAACACUACCAGCUCCAGCAGCGACGCCUUAUUCGUAUCCGAGUUUCAUGUCAAACAUGACUGGCCUAAAGGAAGAGACUUCCCUUGUUGGAUCUGCAUUUAGUGGUAUCUCAUUGUCAACAACAUCUUCAGUUAGCAACAGUACUUGUUCUAGUAAUAGGUCCCCAACCUUAGGUAAGCAUUCUAGAGAUAUAAGUACACUGAGGGAAGAUGCAAUGAAACAGAAUCUGUGGGUGCCUAAGACUAUAAGAAUCAAUGAUCCAGAAGAGGCUGCAAAUAGUUCUAUAUGGUCAACUUUGGGAACAAAAUCUGAACAGAACAAACUCAUUAUGAAAGGAAGUGUUUUUAAAUCAUUUGAACCUAAGUCAAGUGCCAGUAAUCAUAUGUCAGAUGAUAAUCAAAUCCUAAGAGCAAACCCUGCUGCUUUUUCACGCUCCGAAUCGUUUCAGGAACGUGUGUAAAAUCCUGUGUUCUGUUACUGUUUUAUGUUGUGAUCAGGUCCACUGUGUCAUGUUGGCAUUUUUUGUUGGAUGAGGCACAGAAGAUUUCUAAAAUUACAUUUCUGUCAUGGAUAGUUCCAUGUAUUGAUGCUAAAGAUAGCUAUAGCAAGAACCUUGAAGAAAUUUUGAGCUAUAUGUUCAUCAGUCAAUAAGAAUGUCAACAUGGUGUCACCAUUUGCUUCAUGGUAAAAUAAGAAUCUCAAGAUGGUGUCACCAUUGUUCAGUGAAUCUUAGGUUAGGAAUUUGCAUGUGUCAUUGACUUAGUGUGUUGUUUGACAGACUCAUCAAGGUAUUUAUUUUAUUGUUCUCUUUCCUUUUUCCAAAAGAUUGACCCUGUAUUGUAUCUUGAGAGUUGAUUAUAGCAAAGAGUAACAUGCUGAGGCUUAUUUCCAUCAAUGCAUAUUUUAGAGCACAAUACAAUGAAUACAUACUU